AUGGUACACUUAUCCUUUGCGCGAUAUGCAUCAAUUGGUUUUCUUGGUCUUGGUAAUAUGGGUAAGCAUAUGGCAACAAACUUGAUUGCGGCUAAUCAUCAUGUAACAAUAUUUGAUGUUAAUCCUCAAGCACUUGAUCAUUUUAAAGAGCAAAAACAAGCUAAAAUUGUAACUGUUCCACAACAGGCAGUACAAAGUUCGGAAUUCGUUAUUUUAAUGUUACCUAAUGGUAAAAUUGUACGUGAUGUAUGUCAAUCAAACCUUUUCCCCGCUGCUAAAAAAGGCACAUAUAUUAUUGACUGUAGUACAAUAGAUGUACGCACAUCGAAAGAAAUGGCAGAUAUGGCUCGAAGUAAACAAUUGAGUUUUCUCGAUGCGCCUGUUUCGGGUGGUACGACUGGUGCUCAAAAGGGUACAUUAACAUUUAUGGUUGGCGGCCAAGAAAGUGACUUUAAAGCUAUAGAACCUAUUCUGUCUAAAAUGGGAAAAAAUAUUGUUCAUGCCGGAACGAAUGGUAGUGGUUUAUCAGCUAAAAUUUGUAAUAAUCUUCUAUUAGCUAUUAGUAUGAUUGGCACAUCCGAAGCAAUGAACCUUGGCAUUAAACUUGGCCUCAAUACAGAUCUUCUAGCUAAAUUGAUCAAUUCUUCAACUGGUCAAUGUUGGUCAAGUCAAACAUACAAUCCAUGCCCUGGUGUUGUGCCAAAUGUACCAUCGAGUAAUGAUUAUAAUGGUGGAUUUGCUAGUGAAAUGAUGAUUAAAGAUCUUUUACUUGCCCUUGAGGCAGCAAAAGAAGCUCAAGCGGCAACUCCAUUAACAGAAAAAGCUACUGAACUCUAUCGUGAAAUUUGCUCAAAUGGACUGAAUAAAAAAGACUUUAGUGUUGUUUUUAAAUAUCUCAAUAAAAAAUGA